CGGGGGCGCAAUCACAGGCCGCGUUAUUGCGUUCUCCAUGAUCAUAUUUCGUUUAUUCACGUUCGCACGAUGGCUGCCCAGAAUAACAUGAAGUACACUGGCCAAGCGGCGUUUGCCCCUGGGUUCGACCUCAAGCCUCACUCGUUUGCCCCCCGGCCGUUCGAUGACGAUUAUGAUGUGGAAAUCCAAGUCACGCACUGCGGCAUCUGCGGCUCCGACUUGCAUACGGUGUCUGGGGGGUGGGGCGCGAUCCAGUACCCCAUUGUUGUCGGCCAUGAAAUCAUCGGCAAGGUCGUGCGCAUUGGGCGGAAGGUGGAUGCGACCAAGUUUGCGGUCGGGACGCGCGUAGGUAUUGGCGCCCAGUGCGCGAGCUGCCUCGACUGUUCGUACUGUGGUCGCGAAAUGGAACAGCUCUGCCCCGACAUGAAAUGGACGUACAACAGCACGAUCGACUUGCCCAACGGCGAACAGUACAUCACUCAAGGCGGAUAUGCCGACUUUUUCCGUUGCCACAACAAGUUUGCAUUUGUGAUUCCCGACGCGUUGCCGUCGGCGAUCGCGGCGCCUUUGAUGUGUGCUGGGGUGACAACGUACUCGCCACUCAAAAAGUAUAACGUUGGCCCGGGAAUGAAAGUGGGCGUGUUGGGGAUUGGCGGACUCGGCCACCUCGGCAUUCAGUGGGCCGUUGCCAUGGGCGCGACCGUGACCGCUCUUUCGUCCUCAUCUAAGAAGGAGGCCGAUUGCAAGGAUGUCCUUGGUGCCCAUGCGUAUCUGAACUACUCGGACCCUGCGCAAGUGGCGGCCGCCGCCCAAUCGCUCGACCUCAUUUUGUGCACGUCCUACAGCGACAAGACCGACUGGGGAAUGCUCCUGGGACUGGUCGCCACUGAAGGCAAGUUCGUGCUUGUGGGGCUCCCCGAAGUGCCCAUCUCGUUCCACGCGUUCACCCUCGUCCCGCGCAACAUCACGUUCGUCGGCUCCAUCAUCGGAUCGCCUUCCGACAUCGAAGAUAUGCUUCUGUUUGCCGUUGAGAAGAACGUGCGGUCGAUCGUUCAGGUCAUGCCCAUGGCCGAGGCUGCCGCAGCGAUGCAAAAGGUGCACGCUGGCGAAGCCCGGUUCCGCAUCGUCCUCGAGAACUAGCGACAAGUCGAACGGAGUUGUGCCAGAUAAAUGUAUAGUUACAAGUUGCACCCGAUAACCAAACGCUGUGGGACCACCAAAGCGAGAUUGAGUGGCACGAGAGCAAAUCCUGAGUGGAGAACUGUUGUCGCGGGGCCUAGAGGGGCCAAGAGGAAAGGGUGAGCCGUCAUACCGCACCACAGCGAGUGCCGCACGUUGGACAGCACUCUGUAUUCGAAUGUCAGCUACGACUCGCUCGACCAUUGUCGCACCUUCAACAGUCGCA